CAAAAUUUUCCCUCUCUUCUGCCCAAAAUCUCUCUUUCCCGCUCUUACACUGAAGUGCAAAAGCUCCCCACAACGUUGAUUCAUUCUAAAUCAACGCUGGUCCUCUAGAUUAUUCUGUUUGCUUUUUGGUAUUUUUUUUCGUUGUUAUCCUUUGUAUUAUUAUUUUCUUUCCAACUAUCACUAUUGUCAAUGGGAAGCUGUUUUCCUCUUUUGUCUGAUCUCCUUCUUCUUGAUUGUAGAUAUCGAGCCUGUGCACUGAAAUGGCAUCUAGAUCGUCACCAAGAACCUGACUCUGGUCCUUCUCAAAAUCUUCAUCGGUCACCGCAUAAAGAAACCCUAAAUGGCCAUUCUUUGGUUUCUUUAUCUUCAAAUCGAGAUGGUUCUUCACCAAUUUCAGGUAUAGCCCCUUCUACUUCAAAAACCCUUGAUCGGUCUUCUUCAUCAAUGGAAGAUACUGAAACCCUAGAUGAUAAUCAUGAUAGUUAUCAAUCUUUGGUUCAUUUUGGGCCUCAGCCUUUGAGUAUCGAUGGGUCUUCAGAAGCAAUGCGUCCCCAAGGGUGAAAUUGAUGUUGCAAGGGUGUUGGAGAAGGCCCACUCAAGCUUGAAAGCCAAGGGUUCAUCAACAGCCUGCAUCAUUGCCCUUACAAUAA